AUGGACAAGAAGAUAAAAUCUGCUCAGCACAAAAAACUUGUCGCAGUGGAAAACAUUAAGGCGCUGGAGCGCUUUAAGCAGAACUUCAAACCCGAAAAUGUAGGUGAAAUCCCGGAGGUUAUGGAGGGUUUGGAGCAACACAGACAGGACUUUUUUGCCGCGGUGGCAAAGCUGGAAGAGUAUGACGACACCAGUGAUGCGAUUCAAGCCUGUAUUACUGACAGGAUCGAUAUGGAAGAGCGCUGCCGGCGGCUAAAAUCGUUCCUUAGAGAAAACCAGCGGAAGGAAGCCAAUUCGCUCAACGACUCCUUAUUGGCAAACUCAACCCUAGCGUUUGGACGGCCAAACACAUCAAACAUACGUUUUCCCAAAAUCGAAUUACCAACGUUCGACGGUGAUUCGACAAAGUGGUUGUCAUUCCGCGAUCGCUUUGUCGCGAUGAUUGACGCAAGUGCCGAGCUGCCGCCAAUUGCAAAACUGCAGUACUUACUUUCGUCCCUGAAAGGUGACGCUGCGGUUCCCUUCGAACAUGUUACUCUGACCACGGAAAAAUAUUCUGUUACCUGGGCUGCGCUGCUUAAGCGAUACGACAACUCACGGAUGCUCAUUCGCGAGUACUGGCGACGGCUACAUUUCCUACCUGCGAUUGCAACAGAAAGUGUCGAUGGCUUGACGUCGUUGGUAGAUGAAUUCGUGCGAUAUGUGAAUGGGUUGCAGAAGCUGCAUGAACCUGUCGACUCAUGGGACACGCCUUUGUCCAACAUGUUGCUGAUGAAGCUGGACAAUGAGACCAUUCUGGCGUGGGAAAGGCAUUCUGUGCAUAAGAAAAAGGAUAAGUACAGCGAGUUGAUCGAAUUCCUGCAAGACCGAAUCCAAAUCCUAAAAUCGAGCCAGAGAAUCUCGUGCGAUCGGAUUGUGGUUCCGAUCAAGGUGGCCGGGGCAUAUCGGCCCACCGCACCACGGCGGUCGGUAACCAACGCUGCUUCUGUGCAAAGGAAUACUCCCGUUUCAUCGACCAUUCAACAAGUGAGCUGUCCAUUGCAGUGUGCAGAUCAUCACCUGGUUCGAAAUUGCCCGGUAUUUUUAGCCAAAAAUACUCAGGAGCGGCGGGAAAUCGCACGGUCAAAGGGAUUGUGCUGGAAUUGUCUCAGUUGUUCCCAUCAAGUGAGAUCGUGCAAAUCCGAGUAUUCUUGCCGUUCGUGCAAGGAACGGCAUCAUACGCUGCUUCAUCAACCAACACAACAACCUACAGUCGCUUUGUCAGCCCAAUCAGAUGAUGAUAUGGUGUUUCUCGAGACGGCUAUUGUGUUUAUCGUAGACGAUUAUGGAGAGAAGCAUGAGGCACGGGCGCUUCUGGAUUCGGGCUCCAUGUCCAACUUCAUUUCGGAUACGUUAGCUCGGAAGCUCAUGACACCUCGAACGAGAGUUAAUGUAUCAGUGUCUGGCAUCGGAACUUCAAGGCAGCAGAUAAAGGGUUCGACCACGGCGAUCGUUCGUUCAAGGAACCUUCAAUUCACCACCUCAUUGGAGUUUCUGAUCCUGGAUACACCCUCGGCGGACAUUCCCACCUCACCAAUCAACGUGUCUUCGUGGAACAUCCCGGAUGUAACGCUAGCAGACCCCACGUAUCAUAUCCCAGGCAAGGUCGAUGUGGUCAUCGGUGGCGAUACGUUCUGGGAGCUGCAUACCGGACGUAAGCAAUCUCUCGGUUCGGGUCUGCCAUGGUUGGUAGAAACGCAGUUUGGAUGGGCGGUAGCAGGAAAUACAACGUAUUCGUCUCAACAACAUCGGGUGUGUAAUAUGGCAACGAGCGACAGUCCGUUGGAAGCCAUAUUGACGCGGUUCUGGGAGAGCGAGACCAUCUUCGACGAACCCGCUCUAUCUCUGGAGGAAGACAUGUGUGAACGUCAUUUCAUCUCUACUACAACCAGAGACCCAUCUGGCAGGUAUGUCGUACGUUUACCACAAAAUCCUAAUUCGAAUAUCGUUUUAGGAGAAUCGAAAGCAAUCGCUGAUCGUCGUCUCCUAGCGGUGGAACGGCGGCUCAAGUCUAACCCUGCAAUGAAGGAGGAGUAUAGUAAUUUCAUGUCGGAGUAUGAGCGCUUAGGGCACAUGAAACAACUCACCGAGCCGGUGGACGAUUCGUGUGAACACUACUAUCUUCCUCAUCACGCGGUGCUUAAGGAAUCGAGCACAACCACCAAGGUCAGGGUAGUCUUUGACGCGUCGUGCAAGACAUCUUCUGGCUACUCCUUGAACGACAAACUCCUGGUUGGGCCGGUGAUCCAAGACGAUCUGUUCACCAUCAUCGUUCGUUUCCGGUCUCACGCAGUCGCACUCUCAGCAGACGUUGAGAAAAUGUAUCGCCAAAUUCUCCACGAUUCUCGCGACACUGAAUACCUGCGCAUUCGGUAUAGAGGCAUAUAUGGCACGUCUUGCGCACCCUUCCUAGCAACAAGAACGCUAAAGCAGAUCGCUCUCGAUCACAAGAUGCAAUACCCCCGAGCAGUGGAUCCUGUAUUGCACGAUUUUUAUGUGGAUGACCUGCUAACGGAAGCAGACGAGUUGGCAGACGCAAUUGAAAUGCAAAGGUAG